UUGCAAACCCAAUGAGUCAACCGAGUAUCUUAUUCCAUAUAAGCAAUUAAUGUUAGUCACGUGUAUAAUAUUUUGUCAGAAAGAUACCGGUUUUAUGUUAGCUUAAAAUAGCCACAAAUAUCUGAUUCUAAACCGAGCAAAAACACUGCAUUUGCUCUACAGUUUUUCAGUGACCAAUCUAGUGCUUAAAAUUAAUUACUAAGUAAAAUAGAAUCAUUAAUCAUUAAUAAACAAUUUUAAAAUUGGACCACAGUUACUGGCUAGAUAAUAAUAGCAAAGUUUGUGCAGACUUAUGAGCCGUUUCGAUUGCUUAUCGAUCUUUUAAAGCUCUAAGUAUAAAAUUUGUAUAAGAGAGAAGUCGAAAGAAGAGGAGUAGGCUUGAGAGCAGCAGGGCAAACCAAGUAUUCAAUAAUCUCCCAUAAUAUAGCAUCUAUAUUAAUACGUAAAUACGAAUGUGGACACAUGUAGUUUGAAUACAAUUUUUUUUGUUUGUCUGUAUGUUUGAGCUGAGUAAUGGGGUUUUACUUGAUCUUCGCAAUGACGGUGCGUAUAAAACCGGCAGUGAAAAUAUAAUUUACGAUGAGUUAAUCGCAGAAGGUUGUCGCGGAUUAUCGCAUGCUGCCAAAUAAUAAACGCAUACACAGAUUUAUUUGCAUACGAAAUAGGGAAAUUAGACACAGAUAAACAUGAAUUCUAAAUUAAUCAUAUUGUGUAUUUGUGUUCAAAUAUGCGCGUUGGCGAGUGGGCGUCCCCAACAGUGGCAGGGUCCAAUUUUUUCGAAUCCAUUUUUGCCGGACCGUCCUGGUGCCGGUACUACGACUACCACUCCUGCACCGCCCGCCUCUGCGACAACAGUGCCUUCACCAGGCUAUCUAGCUUGUUUGAGGGAUUGUCCCACCACCAUGGAAUACAAUCCUGUUUGUGGUAGCGACAGUCAGAAUUAUCACAACCAAGCUCGUCUGGACUGUGCCGCACGUUGCGGUCAAGAUGUUGUUUUGGUACGCAUAGGAACCUGUUUUCCCUUGGCUUAAAUGGCUGAGAGUGCGUUUUUAACGAACAUAAAUUUCAUCCGAAACGUUAAAUAAAAUUUAUAUUCAACUAAAUCGAAAGUAAUGUUAAAUUCAAAUAGGCUUUCCUAUUGGCCUAUUGGCCUAUUGGCCUCCUCUGGUAGAUUAAGUUUGAGACUGUUUCGCUUAUAAAUAUUCACUCACACAUAGACAUUAUUGAGUUGAUGUUUAUUAUUCUUUAUUUUUGGGAGUCUAAUUAAUUUUAUGGAAUUUAUAAUUAAUAUUCACUGAAAUUUAAACAAAUAAUAUAAUUAUUUAUACAAA